AAACAAAAAACAAAAAACAAAUGGGAAAAAGUGCAAUUAGGCAAACAAAACCGAGAGGUAGAAAGGAUUCUGCAAUUUGGGUAGAUUGAUCGAGAGGUAGGAAGGAUUCUCUCUCCGCUCUGUUUUUAUCUUUCGCUUCAAGAAACAGAAAGAAGAAGAAAGGGAAUUCCCAAUCCCAUUGGCUCUUCCCAAUCUCAACCUGCGAAGUAAAUGCUUAUCGAAUCCUAGGGUUUCAUCGGGAUUCCACCACGAUGAGCACGACGACGAACGACGUCAACAGCAAUAGUAGCGGCGGAGAUCUCGGCCGGUACUUCUUGGAGCGGUCACGGCUGGGCUCGGCCCGGGGGCCGUGCGACAUGGACGAGGACGAGGAAGCUCCGACGGAGCUCAACACGCUCAACAGCUCCGGAGGAUUCCUGGUGAUGUCGCCGGACAAGCUUUCGGUGAAGUACACGAGCGUCAAUCUCCACGGCCACGACGUCGGCGUUGUUCAGGCGAACCGGCCGGCGCCGGUGAAGCGCCUCGUCUACUAUUUCGAGAUUUUCGUGAAGGACGCGGGGACCAAAGGCCAAAUCGCCAUUGGCUUCACCAGCGAGAACUUCAAGAUGCGGAGGCAGCCAGGAUGGGAGGCAAACAGUUGUGGAUAUCAUGGGGAUGAUGGAAUGCUUUACCGCGGACAGGGAAAGGGGGAGGCUUUUGGCCCAACCUACACAUCUGGUGAUAUUGUUGGGGGUGGUAUUAACUAUGCUUCACAGGAAUUCUUUUUUACGAAGAAUGGGGCAGUUGUAGGGACAGCAUACAAGGAAUUGAAGGUCUCACUAUUUCCUACCAUUGCAGUUCACAGCCAAAAUGAAGAAGUGCAUGUCAACUUUGGACAGAAACCAUUUGCUUUCGAUCUUAAGGAAUUUGAAGCACAAGAGAGGAUGAAGCUGCAAAUGACAAUAGAAAAGAUUUCUUUACCAACAAAUGUCAGUCACGGGAUUGUUCGCUCCUACUUGCUACACUAUGGCUAUGAAGACACACUUGGUUCGUUUGACAUGGCUACUAAAAGCACUGUUCCUCCUAUAUACAUAGCUCAAGAAAAUGGGUCUGAUGAGCAUGACAUUGUGUAUGCACUGAACCAGAGAAAGGUUCUUCGACAGCUAAUCAGGAAAGGUGAGAUUCAUGAUGCAUUUGACAAGCUUCGUGAAUGGUAUCCCCAGAUUGUCCAGGAUGAUAAAUCGGCUACUUGCUUUCUGCUUCACUGUCAAAAGUUCAUUGAAUUAGUUCGGGUUGGAGCGUUAGAGGAGGCUGUCAAAUAUGGAAGGUUAGAACUGGCAAAGUUCUUUGAGCUGCCUGGAUAUGAGGAUCUAGUUAAGGACUGUGUUGCUCUGCUGGCGUAUCAACAACCGAAGGAGUCCUCAGUUGGGUAUCUUCUUGAAGAGGCACAACGCGAGGUGGUGGCAGACGCAGUUAAUGCCAUGAUCCUCUCAACGAAUCCGAACCUUAAAGAUUCAUGUGGUUGUUUGCACUCCUAUCUCGAGAGGCUUCUGAGCCAGCUAACGGCUUGCUGUUUGGAGAGAAGAUCCUUGAAUGGGGACCAAGGUGAAGCUUUCCAUUUGCACAAAGUACUAAACACUUGUAAGAAGGCCAAGUAGUGCUGAGCUGAUUUGUUUGUGGCACUUCUCACCUUCCCAGUCUAUUUGCACACUCGGCCUUUCUUAGCCGCAUUGCAUAGCAAAUCCGAGUUACCUUUCAGUAUGCUGUAAAGAGGCCAUGCUUAGGCUACCCAAUCUGCAACAAUGUCGGGUUCCUUGGGAAGAUUCGGGUGCUUUCUAUAUCUGUAAGCUAGCAAGUUCCACCAUUUCAAAGCCCUUGGAUUGAAAUCUGGGAAGUGUUUCUAGUGUAAAUUUCUGUACUAGGAUCUUUCUAUUACCGUUAAGCAUCUGUACAGAAUUUGGUUGGUGGGAAGAUUUGAUUCUGUCGACUGCACUGGAAAAGAAAUGAUCAAAGAUGCUUACUGAAUCAUAAUCUCGAACCGACUUCCCAAUAGUAGAUCUCAUUCGUUCCCCUUCUUUGAACAUUAGUAAAGAACCGAUGAAUAAUUUAGUUACUGUUCAUUACUUUGCUUUAGUCUUGGCCAAUUGGAGUAACUUGCAUUGAGAUACUGCGUGUAGGAUGUUAUGCCAAUAUGACUAUUGGAUGAUCACAAGACACCUGGCGUAUGUGUUAAGGGAAGCGUGUUCUUUCUCAUUUAAUUAAUGUGUUUACUUAUAAAAUUUAAGUUUCAGUUUGAUGGACCCUACACAAUGUUUAAGGAGUGAGGGAAAAAAGAAAAAGGGUAUGCUACUCCUUUAGUAUUGAUUCUCAGUACAAUAAA